AUGAAGAAUAUAAGGAGUUUUAAAACCGCUCUAGCGAUGACCUCGUUUGGUGCGCAAGUCGACACGCUGCUAGGGUGUGGGCCUUAUUGCUACCGAAUUCACGGACAGAUUUAUCACAGGUUAAAGCCUCUACGCCAAUACGGUCAGAUUUAUACAUUAGAUACAGAACUAGCGGCUCAGCAGCACCUUGGAAACGCAAGAAACGCUGAAUGCAGCCCAGAAUUGAUGCGUUUUCUGAGUGAGCUGCCAUCAAGUGCCAAUGUGUACGCUAAGUCUUCCAAAAUGAUGCAUGAAGUAGAACAGGCGGAAAUCGCAUUGGCUGCCUGA